ACAUAAUAUUUUAUUAAGAUUCUUGCUAGUUGAUUACGGAUCAUCGUUGAGCUGAGUAUGGCUUCCAUUACCGGUCUUCUCAGCAUAAUCUAUUUGGUGCUUAUUCCUGUCAGUUGUUCUAAUGAUCCAGAGAAUAUAAUAUCGCCUGAUGUUCGAGUGAAUUUAUCUGGUCAAGGUGUAGUGAUCGGCAAUACCAACACUACAUCAUGGACUGGUCAAACUUAUAUGCAAUUCCGUGGAAUACCCUAUGCAGAGUCACCAAGUGGAGAACUUAGAUUUAAGCCACCGGUACCUCGGAAACCAUGGUCAACGCCACUUCAAGCCAACGACUACGGCCGCAUUUGCCCACAAUUGUUUGCAUACAACCGUUUGCCACCUGAUAAACUGAAGGGUGAUCUAGAAGACUGUCUCACUUUAAACAUCUUUACUAAAAAGUUAAAUGCCAAGCAACCGGUGAUGUUCCACAUGCAUGGCGGUAGGUUACAAGAUGGUUUUGCUAGCGACUACCGGGCCGAUUACUUGCUCGAAAAGGAUAUUGUGCUUGUAGUGACUCAAUAUCGUCUAGGUAUACUUGGAUUUUCUGGCACAAAAUCACCGGAUAUGUCUGGUAAUUUCGGUUUAAUGGAUACAAUGUUGGCACUUCACUGGGUGCAGGAUCAUAUUGCCGCAUUUGGUGGUGACAACUCAAAAGUUACUGUUUUCGGUGAGAGCUCAGGCGGUAAAUUAGGCGGCGCAUUACUGAUCAGUCCUAAAACACCACCGUCGUCUUUCCAUCGCCUCAUUACACAAUCGGGUUCAAUUGUAGAUGAGCGAUCUACAAAUAUGGAGCCACUCGCUCAAGUGACACGUGUUUGUCGCGCUUUGAAGUGUGAGGAUUGCGAACGUAUUGAUCGCGCCCAACAGUGCUUGAAACGCGCGCCCGUUAUGGACAUACUUAAGGCGGCGGAAAGCGAACGAUAUGGUUUGAUUAUCGGCGAUCAUUAUGGGACAAUGCCAGUGCACCCGGUCAUACUUAUUGAGCAAACAAAUAAGAAUGUGCCCAUAAUGGCUGGCUUUACUAAACACGAUGGCUCGAUUGCAUUAGGCUUCUUUUACGAUGAUUUCAAAGUGUCUCAUCCCAAUCUGAACACUGUCACUGUGGGAGAUUUCGCUACUGGCUUGAUGCAUCGGAAGAACGAUACAACCGCCUUGAUUAAUAAUAAUGUUAUGACGCGCUUAUUAUUCCCAGCGAAUCUAUGGCACAGUUCCGAUCAUAGACGCGCUCUACCCGCCUACUUCGAUCUCGCCAACAUACUUUAUUUUAAAUCUGCUACGGUUGGCUUCACGAACAAAUUAUUCGAAAAAGCCGUACACCCGCCCAUCUACUUCUACACCUUUGACUAUGCCGGUGAGAAGACGAAAUUCGGUUUGGAUAUGGGCAACGCACAGUAUCCCUUUAACGGCGGGGUACAUCAUAGUGAUGAGCUGAUUUAUCUAUUCGCAAUGAAGCCACCGUUGAAUGCGAAGGAUACUGAGGUUGCAAAGAAGAUGGUGGACCUUUGGGUGUCCUUUGCUAUGACUGGCGUGCCGCAGGUGCCUGAUGGACCGCUGAUUUCGCCUAUGAACUCUAAACGUGGUCCUUACUUCCAUAUCGAUAAAGAAAUAAAAGUGGACGAUGAUAUUUUGAAGGAAUUCACCGCAACCAUUGAUGAUCCGAAUAAUAAAAAUCUAGAUCGCCCCAGUAAAAUCUGGUAGAGGCCACGUACGAGUCUUAAAAGCUUAACUGUUAUAUUGUACAUAUAUUUUUGUAGCUUCCUAUUCAAACAAAUAAAUCUUUUUUAUUUCUUUUAUUAUUAA